UUCAGGACGCCUCUUGGCGAACACGGAAGAAAUAAGCCGCGGACCAACGUGUUUCGCCCUUUCCGUCCUAUGGUUUCUCCACUAGCUUGCUUGUUGACCCCGGGACAUUACUGCUAAAUAACGUUUGAAGUAUGAUGUUUUCCACCUGAGAUAGAGAUGAUGAUCUCUGGUGUAUUCAGAAAAAGCACCCUCUCAGCCCAGAAGGUAUGGCAUUGGGCAUGUCCUCCACAAAGAUGCUGGGCAUCAGCCCUGAGACCAAGGCAGCUGCUUUCAGAAAGGGACGACGAACGAGUAAGACCUCCUGCUGUCCUAAGUUUCAUGAGGACUGAGGUCUUCCAGAGGAACCAGAUUAGUGCGGCUCCAUUUUUAGUGAGGGAUCAACAUUUCCACUCCUCUGCUGUGAGGCUGAAAAAGCGACCUCAGCUUGAAGCUCCCAGAGAGUUGGAUCUGUUGCGCUAUGACAUGAAGGACUUGUGGAAAAGUCCCAAACCAGCGCUGUACCUUGGGUUUGCAGGACUGAUUCCCUUCAUCACCCCGACUCUGAUCAUGGCUGUGACUGAGAGCUACUUUCCAGAGUUGGCCUAUGCUCAGUUAGCUUACGGCGCCUCAAUCCUUUCCUUCCUGGGUGGAGCUCGCUGGGGAUUUGCUCUUCCUGAGAGCAGCCCGGCCAAACCUGACUGGAUAAAUCUGGCCAACAGUGUGGUUCCCUCCCUGUUAGCCUGGGUGUCCAUGCUGAUGAGCGACAGCAUUGUUCCUGCAGCCACCAUGGUUAUUAUGGGACUAGGAAUCUCGCUGCAUUAUGAUCUGUCUCUGCUGCCCACUUACCCCAGCUGGUUCAAAGCCCUUCGCGCCAUCCUGACAACCGUGGCAUUUUUUUCCCUCAUUGGUACACUUCUAAUUAAUGGAAUAUAUCCAGAAAAGAGGCUAUUUUCUGAUUAAAUAAUAUUUAUAAAAAAAUAAAGCCACAAUUGUUUUGUUUUUUUGGUCUGUCUGGUCAUGAUCUGUGUGGGGUUUUGAAGUUGUUUAUCUUAGAGAUCAUAGCCAAAACUGGCUUCUGUAAAAGCAGAACAGAAUAAGAAACAGGAAGCAGUAUAAUCCCCUUCUUAGAAGGCUACACAGCAUGUUGCUUCAUCAUGGCCUCAUUUUGUAGCCUCGGUAUAGAAGUUUUGUAUGUCAGUGGUCCAUCUUUCAAAUUAUUCUGGUGAAAUACUUUUUGGUCAGUGAUUUAAUGCAACCACCAGGAGUUGCCAGAAUCAGAAUAAUGAAUGCCACACUUCAGAAGAACUAAAAAAAUUGACCAAAAAUGGGUGAGUUCUUGCUCGAUGAAUAUCAAAU